AUGGGAUAUCAAACUUUAGAUAUAGCCUUAUUGUUCAAAAACAAUCUCGUUCCAUUAAAAAGCUCUAUUCUAAUAACUGAUACAUUAUCAGCGCAGGGAAACUUUUUAAUUCACCACUUUAUUGUAAACCAGCUCAAAGCUGAUAAACACGUUGUUUUGGUUGGCUUAUCACAACUUUUUAACCAUUAUUUAAAUAUUGGAAAGAAAUUGGGUGUGAAUCUAACUUCUGCCUCUCAAAAAGGACAUUUUUCAUUUAUAGAUGGACUAACUUCCUUAACGCCAAAUUCACCCACUGCAUCACCAUUGCCGACUGCAGUGCUAACUCCUUUAUCAGUAACCAAUUGUACCAAGGAAACUUUAUUAAAUUUUUAUAAUACCAUAAAAACAAUUAUAACGACUCAUCACGCAUCAGCUGAUUCAAAUGUUUUAUUAAUAUUUGAUGAUUUGAGUGUGUUGAUUUAUUCUGGAUUUAAAAUAUGUGAUGUUUUAGAAUUCUGGGGAGCUUGUCGUGUAUUAAUAGAAAAG